AUGAAGCUCACCUCGUAUCUGGCGGGCGCGACGGCCAUCACCACCGUCCUCGCUUCUCCGCACCCCGCAUACCGACAGCAGCAACCUUUCGGCGCGUCGCCAGAGUCCACCCACGCCUCGGACAGCUAUAAUAAUGGACUAUUGAAUGUGGAGAGUGCGAUCAGCAGGGACCCCCUUCUUUCAUUCCACCGGGACCUGGUUGAGAUCGAAUCCAUCUCCGGCAACGAGCACGAUGUCGGCGUCUUCCUUGCGAAGUACCUCGAAUCGAAGGACUUCACCGUCUUGAAACAGGAAGUGUCGCCUGUGAAUAAGAAGGACGGUGACGAGUCCGAAGCCUCGAAGCCUCGCUAUAAUAUCUACGCCUACCCUGCUUCCUUGUCGGAACCGCCCUCCAUCCUCGUCUCCAGCCACAUCGACACUGUCCCGCCCUUCAUCCCGUACUCGGUCCACAAGCCAAAAACCAAAGACAUCAAGGCCGACCUGGAGAACUUUGUCAUUGCUGGCCGUGGCACCGUCGACGCCAAGGGCAGUGUCGCUGCUCAGGUCUUCGCCGUGCUGGACACGCUUAAGAAGAACCCUGACGCGAAGCUGGGUCUGCUCUUCGUGGUGGGCGAAGAAAUCGGUGGAGACGGCAUGCAGACUUUCUCCGAGUCGGAGUUGAACUCCGACAGCGCCUAUCACACUGUCAUCUUCGGCGAGCCGACUGAGGCGAAGCUUGUCUCCGGUCACAAGGGUAUGCUGGGCUUCAAAGUCUUCUCUCAUGGCAAGGCCGCUCACUCCGGAUAUCCGUGGCUUGGGCGCAGCGCCGUAUCCGGUAUUCUGCCAGCGCUGACCCGGGUCGAUGAGCUUGGCGACAUUCCCACCAGCGAGGGCGGCUUGCCUUCUUCACCUAAGUACGGACGUACCACGCUGAAUAUCGGCAAGAUCGAUGCUGGCGUCGCAACCAAUGUCGUUCCUGCCUCUGCAAAGGCCGAUGUCGCCGUGCGCCUGGCUGGUGGUACACCGGCCGAGGCUCGUGAGAUUAUUCGUCAUGCUGUUGAGGAUGCCACGCGCGACGUGGAUGCCGAUGUGGUUGUUGAUUUUACUUCUCACAAUGAGGCUUAUGCGCCUCAAGACUUGGAUACGGAUGUUGACGGAUUUGAUGUCAUGCCUGUUAACUAUGGAACUGAUGUGCCCAACUUGAAGGUCCGCUCUGGCGUGAAGCGCUACCUAUAUGGACCAGGAAGCAUCUUUGUUGCUCACGGUGAUAAUGAAGGUCUCUCUGUGCGCGAUCUCCGAGGUGCUGUUGAUGGGUUUAAGAAGUUGAUUGAUGCUGCCUUGGAGAGGGAUUGA